GGAUGCACGACCUACCGCGCCAAGAGAAACCGAGGAUUCUCCUGUUGCGACGGUGGAGCGACAUGCCAAAACACCUUCAGUUCAACCCUCACAUCCGUACAGGAUACAGACCGCUCAUGACCGUCCGCCAGUGCCUCGGUAGCCUAUUUUACAUCCACAAUGAGACCGUCAAUAUCACGACGCACGGAUUCGCUAUCUUGUAUAUGCUAUUGACGAUACCACAGCUUCUUCCAUGGGGUGCCCAAGGAAUCUUCACGCAAAUCUUAUCUUGGUGUCACCUGAUCGGUGCUAUUAGCCCGUGGAUAGGAUCCUUCGUCUAUCAUCUCUUCAUGAAUUUAAAUUACGACGACGUCUUCUACAAGAAGUUGCUGAGAUUAGACAUGAUUGGCAUAUGGCUGUGCCAAAGCUUCGGAGCAAUACCCAUGAUAGCAGCAUCCGUUCACUGUUUACCUAACAGCUGCUGGUAUUGCUGUAUUUUUAUCUAUUGCUUUCUCAGCAUUUGGGGACUUCUUAUGGCAAUGAACGCUUACUCUCCGUGGGAGAGAAGAUUAUGUUUCGCGCCUCCCUUUCUCAUGAGGAUGAUGGUAAUGAUUCUACGAUGUUUUGGGAUCGGUGGUGGAUCUCCAAAUGCUCUGCAUCACAUUGUAUUACAAGACCUGAUAGCUGUCGUGGGAGCAACCAUCGGGGCUUUGCGUAUACCUGAGAAAUGGAUUCCAGGCAAAUUAGACUUCAUACUGAAUUCUCAUAAUUUGAUGCACGUGCUGGUUGUGCUGGCGGUUUGCUCGAUGCACGCUGCCACCUUGCAGGAUCUUGCUUGGAUGACCGAUCCGUCUACGUGCAACGGGACGAGAUUCGUUCCAUCAAUGCGCGACGAACUGUGAUUGAAACGUGAAGACAAUUCACUGUAGUCUGUGAUAAAUUUGAGCCUACAACAGCCGGCGAUUACUCGUGUAGGUGCAAUCGAUGACCAAAACACCUUUCGCUCGACGAGCGAGAGAAGUCUUUUUAAACGCAGUUGUACAGAAACGAAUGGAUAUACAGAUUGUAUGUAUCGAAGCAACAGGGUGAUAAUGAGAGGGUAUUUUACUAUGGAGAA